ACUGAAAACCAAGUGAGGAGAUGAAGGAUUGCACCGUACUAUACCAGAGAAUAAAGACAGGAUAGAUACUCCCCCUGAUCAUCCCCCAGAAACAACUGCACAAGUGUGGGAAGACAUCCAGUUCCUUCACAGCAUUGCUCAACACAGAGAUGUUUGGGCAGUGAAACCAUCAUCUGGAAAUCGGUCGGGUCAGGGGAGCUUUGACAUAUCAUCAGAUCUGAAACUGGUCAGUGGUGUGGAACUUUCCAACAGAACCAACCUUUCUGAAGAUUUGGCUGUGGGUGAUCAGUCAGGGUGAAGCUGGGAGAAAGUGUGUGUGGCUCCAAGUGUGAUGACAAUUCAAUCAUCCUUUGAGCCUCAUCAACAACUGACUCAUUCCUACAGAUUGAAGGCCGCUCAAGUCUGAGGAGAGCUCAACAGCUGAUAAGACUUCUUAACACAAGUUUCACUGUUGACACAAGGGCAGCUUUGUGCAAGGGAAACGUGCUCAUGAGUGAAAAACCAAGCCUUUACUCAGUUGUCAAUGCUUAUGACUGACCGACGUAUUCGCACAAGGGAGAAAAUAUUCACAUGUGAGGUUUGUGGCAAAUCAUUCUCGCAAUUGGGGAAUCUCCACACGCACCAACGCACUCACACAGGGGAGAAACCAUUCACGUGUGAGGAAUGUGACAAAUCAUUCUCAGAGUCAUCAAAACUCCGUGCACACCAACGCAUUCAUACAGGGGAGAAACCAUUUACGUGUGAAGUGUGUGACAAAUCAUUCUCACACUCAUCCACCCUCCGCAAACACCGACGUAUUCACACUGGAGAAAAGCCAUUCAUGUGUAAGGCGUGUGACAAGUCAUUCUCUCACUCGUUGACCCUUCGCAUACACCGAAGGGUUCACACAGGAGAGAAACCGUUCACGUGUGAGGUGUGUGAUAAGUCAUUCUUACACUCAUCUAAUCUCCGUGCACACCAACGCAUUCACACAGGAGAGAAACCAUUCCCCUGCGAAGUGUGUAAUAAAUCAUUCUCAGAUUCAUCCACUCUCCGUGCACAUCAACGUGUACACACGGGGGAGAAACCAUUCACAUGUGAGGUAUGCAACAAAUUAUUCUCAGACUCAUCAAACCUUCGCAAACACCAGCGGAUUCACACAGGGGAGAAACCGUUCACAUGCGAGGAGUGCAAAAAAUCAUUCUCAACUUCAUCCACGCUUCGCACACACCAACGUAUUCACACAGGGGAGAAACCAUUCAUAUGCGAGAUAUGUGAAAAAUCAUUCUCGCAGUCAUCGAACCUCCGCACACACGAAUGUAUUCAUGCAGAGCAGAGACCAUUUACCUGUGAGAUGUGUGAUAAAUCAUUCCCAAGGUCAUCGAAGCUCCUGGUCCAUCAGAAGAUCCACACUGGGAAGUAACCUUCUAACUGUGAGGUUAGCAUUAAAGGAACUGUACUAUCUUCAAAUCUGUCAGAACAUCAGAGGGUUUCCAAAGACACUUUAAGUCAACUGUUUCUGACAAGGCUUUCACCCACUUCUUUGAUUUCCUGAAGCAUAAAGCAGAGUGAGAAACCAUUCCGAUGUGAAAUGCAUGACUAGGUUUUCACACAGUGUAGCAUCCUGACCCAGCAGUGCAUUCCAAGGAGAGAAUACUGUAUCAAUGAGAGUUCUGGAAUAAAACCUUCACAAGGUUGUUGGGCCUCCAAAAACAUCACCAAACCCACACUGGAGACAGAUACUUCCAGGAUUGUUUCACUACCUUCUCUCUCACCAGAUACUGAUGUCUCCACAAGGACUUGGAUUUGGGUCACCUGCUUCGGUUGCACUGAGGGCUGUCUGUUAUUUACCCUCCACUGCACACAAAAAGGGGGAGCUGUCAUUCCAAAGCACUGUCUCAACAGGGUCUGUCUCAAACCUCCCUCACCAUCAGUUUCACCAAUUGUUUCAAGAAAGUGAUUUUAAUGUUUGACCUGAUCAUCAAACACCAUUAAAUGAGGACAUCAAUAUGUAUAGAAGCUCCAACCUAUGCACAAAUAUCACUGUGUCUCUGGGAGGAUGUCCUCAGCCACAGGAAGUGGGUGAUUUAGGAGAAUGUGUGUCAGUACAUUUCCUGCUGUGGACAAGAGGUAAAUAGCUGAAUAGAAUCCACAGCAUGAUUUAUCUCUCUUCAUGAUAAUUAUUACAGUUACCAUAUCCUUGAUGUUGGGUUUGGGGAAAUUCCUCCUCUAAAACUGGACCAUGAGUAAAUAGGAUCACACCUUCUGUGAAUGUUGACCAACGUUGUAAACCUCAACUGGAAUACCAUGGGGGCUGCCGACUUUGUUGUUUGUCGUCCGUUUGCUUGUUGCAGCACUCUUAUUGAUGGUGACUCACCCAUGGAUUUUACCAGAGGACAUGAGGGGAUAGACUAGAGGGUAUCAGCUGCCCCAGUAGAUUCACGGUUGAUGAGCUGUUCAAAAUGUUCGUUCUGGCAAGUCAAUAAUUGUCCCAGCAGCCAUCAGUCUCCCAUGUGGCUCAAAUAUCACAGGUACAUCAUUUGAGUUGGCUUUGGAACUUCCAGAGGAACCUCCAACGUGGUUAGCAAAUACAUCCCAGAAUUCUUCGUCACAUUUACUAAUGAGAGCAAAGUAUUUAACUCAGUAAAUUGCAAGGUUUUGUGGAUUGUGCUCCAAGGAACUCCAUCCCAAUCAUUCAGUUGUUUCUUGAUGAUAUGACUGUAACUGUCUUUGAGUGAGAGAUCUGAAACAGAAACUUUCCAAAUCCAGGUGUCAAGCAAGGCUGUGUGACCAUGACUAUUCUAUUUACAAUCUACCUGAAAGUGGCUGUUCACCUCAUCAAUGAUCAAAUGCUCUCAAUUAAACACCCUCUCGAUGGGAAACUCAUUUAUAUUAAUCUUCUACAUUCAAAAAUCAAAUCAAACAACAUACACUAGCAGAUGGCUGCAGUUUUGCUGCUCACUCUACAACAGAUUUGUAAUCCAAUCUCGAUUUUUUCAAAAUGCUGCCAAUACAAAGCUCCUAUCGACACUCACCUGGUCAGGCAGAUAUUCCACCUCCCCGUAUAUGUUGAAUCUGAAACUCUAGAAUAUGUUGAGCACUUCCCAGACCUCUGCAGCCACUAGGAGAAAGUGAGGACUACAGAUGCUGGAGCUCGGAGUUGAAAAGU